AUGGCCAGCUCCAGUGGAACUCACAACCCCGCGCGGCCAAAGCGCGCUGGCGAGCAGUUCACGCGAACCCACCACAUGGACGGCGACGAACCAUCGACCAAGAAACCCCGCUUCGACCCGCGCAACCCCUCUACGCUCGCUCCGGAUGCAGUCGAUGAUGAAGACCCUGCCCUUGAAGCCGACGUUAUCGGGAAAAGCGCGGGUAUCAAGCGAAAUGCGGUCAAUAUCGACGGCUACGACUCGGACAGCUCUACGGAGAACUUCGAUGCGCGCGCAGAAGCCCGAGCCAACAAAGACGAGCCAACAAAGACCCAAGAUGACGAUGACGACGACAUGUUCGCAGAGGAGGACAAGGAUGACGAGAUGGACGAGGAGUCACGGAGAGACCAGACAAAAAAGAAGAAGCUGCGAUUCCUGGACAACCACGAGAUUGAGGGCCAGGAAGCGGACAGCAAGGCGGGAGGUCAUGUCGCUGUUGACUUCACCAAAGGCCCGAAGAGCAGGACCGAAGACGUAGAGAGCAGCAGCGAUGAAGGCGAUGACGAGCUACGCGACCAGAUCGAUCCCGACAUGGACGAGGAGCUCGGUGCAGGCAGCAAGAAGAAGCAUGCGCCCAAGCUAGAUGCUUUCAACAUGAGUGCCGAGCAAGAAGAGGGCCGAUUUGACGAAGCCGGAAAUUUCGUGCGCAAGGCCUUCGACCCGGAAGCCGCUCAAGACUCGUGGUUGGACGGCAUAUCGAAGAAGGACAUCAAGAAGGCAAAGGAAGCGCAGGAAAAAUUGGAUGCGGAGCGAAAGGCCCGGGAACGAGCUGAAGAUUCCAUCGUCACCAGCGACGUCUUGUCGGCUCUCAUCGCACAUCUGGACGUUGGCGAGACGCCUAUGGAAGCUCUCGUGCGAUAUGGCAAGGCAGCACCAAAGAAGCCGGCCAAAAGCUGGACCAAGAAGAAGAAGAGUCAGGCUAUGGACGUUGAUUCGGAGCCGUCGCAAGACUCUGCAGCCAUCAAGGCAAAAGAGGUCAUCGAUUCCAUAACCGAAUGUGCAAGUCGGCUGUCCGAUCGAGGCGUCGAGGACAUCUACGAGCUGCCCCGCGAAUCCAUCAUGCGACAAUACAAGCGCGAGACGGGAGAAGAUUGGAAGAACCCGAAUCCGCAAUCAGUGCAAUGGGAGUUUCACUGGCUCAAUGCACCAGAAGGUGAGAUCAACGGCCCCUACGACCAAGCGACCAUGCAAGCAUGGGAGGCGAGCGGGCAGUUUGCAGCAGGUGCCGAGUUCCGACGCGUUGGUGAGACUGAAUUCUCGCGACUGCUCGACUUUGAGGACUGA